UAGUAGUAGCAGUAGUAUCACAUACAGCCUGCAGAGGGCAGCAGGUCAAACCCGCUCUGGUGUAAACACACGAAGAAGAAGAAGAAGCAGCACUUCCUCCCAAGCUGUCUCCAUGGUAACCAAACAUGGCGCCCGGGAGUCAACCAAUCCUUUCGUCCACUCCUCUGCAGGUCCUCCUCGUCCUCAACAGUUGGUACUUUGCAGCGUUUUACCUGGCCGAGAUCCUGAUGUUCAUUUAUAAAGGAGUUUUACUCCCGUAUCCGUCUGAUAAUCUGGUUCUGGAUCUGGUUCUGCUGCUGCUCUUCCUCGGACUGGAGACGCUCCGGAUCUUUUACGGUUGGAAGGGGAACCUGUGUGAGCGCUCUCUGGCGUCCUGCGUGUCGCUCUUCAUCCUCUUCCCGUGUACGGCGCUCGCCGUUUAUUACCUGCUGCUGCAGACCUUCGUCCUGAGGCUGGAGUUCAUCCUCAGCGCCGUGCUGCUCUGCUUCUACAGCCUCGAGUUCCUGCUCGGACUCCUCUCCGUAUCGGCCUUCUCCAGGUCCAAAGUGUACUGACGAGGAAACAUCAGUGAUUCACCUGAAACAGAGCACGUUGUAAAUAAAACUUUAUUUUUAUAUUAAAUCUGUUUGAAACUCCAAA